CUCCGCUCCCUAUGCUCGUGGCGGCCGCGGAGCUGUGGGGGUGGGAGCCGGCAGCGCCGCCGCGAUGGAGGAGUGACCGGGAAAGAUGAUCGUAGUUUCCUCCUUAGAAGAAGUGGGCAAACCAGUUAGGAGUAGGAAACAAAGAGUAUAGCAGUAGAGAUGGAUGAACAAGCCCUUUUAGGGCUAAACCCAAAUGCUGAUGCGGACUUCAGACAAAGAGCACUAGCCUACUUUGAGCAGCUGAAGAUAUCUCAGGAUGCUUGGCAAGUCUGCGCAGAAGCAUUAGCUCAGAGUAUAUACAGUGAUGAUCACAUCAAGUUCUUUUGCUUUCAAGUUCUGGAACAUCAAAUUAAGUUCAAAUACUCUGAACUUACUGAAGUCCAGCAGCAGCUAAUUAGGGAAACACUCGUAACAUGGCUGCAAGCACAGAUGCUGAAUCCCCAGCCUGAGAAGACUUUUAUUCGCAACAAAGCAGCGCAAGUCUUUGCAUUGCUUUUUGUUACUGAAUAUCUCACAAAAUGGCCCAAGUUUUUUUUUGAUAUUCUAUCAGUAGUUGACCUUAAUCCACGAGGUGUGGAUAUGUACCUCAGAAUCCUGAUGGCUGUUGAUGCUGAGCUGGUAGACCGGGAUGUUGUUCAUACAUCAGAGGAGGCUCGUAGGAACACCUUAUUAAAAGAUACUAUGAGGGAACAGUGCAUUCCAAGUUUGGUGGAAUCAUGGUACCAAAUCUUACAAAACUAUCAAUAUAAUAACUCAGAGUUGACAUGCCAGUGCCUUGAAGUCGUUGGAGCUUAUGUAUCCUGGAUAGAUUUGAGCCUGAUAGCCAAUGAAAGGUUUAUAAAUAUGCUGCUAGGUCACAUGUCUGUGGAAGUUCUCCGGGAAGAAGCUUGUGAUUGUUUGUUUGAAAUUGUAAAUAAGGGAAUGGACCCAAUUGAUAAAACAAAAUUGGUUGAAUCUUUAUGUCAAGUAUUGCAGUCUGCUGGCCUCUUCAGCAUUGAUCAGGAAGAUGAUGUGGAUUUUCUGGCCAGAUUUUCUAAGCUGGUCAAUGGGAUGGGGCAAGCAUUAAUAGCUAGUUGGACUAAAUUGAUAAAAAAUGGGGAUAUGAAGAGUGCUCAAGAUGCUCUGCAAGCUAUUGAAGCAAAAGUGGCCCUAAUGUUGCAACUGUUAAUUCACGAAGAUGACGACAUCUCAUCUAAUAUCAUUGGCUUUUGUUACGACUACCUUCACAUCUUGAAACAACUUAAUGCUCUUUCAGACCAACAAAAAGCUAAUGUAGAGGCAAUCAUGUUGGCUGUUAUGAAGAAGUUGACAUAUGAUGAAGAAUAUAAUUUUGAAAAUGAGUGGAUCUCAACAUAUUACAACCAGCCAAAAAAGGAGCCUGCUGUUAUGUUGCAAGAGCAUAGGGGUGAAGAUGAAGCAAUGUUUGUGGAGUACAGAAAACAGUUGAAACUGUUGCUGGACAGACUUGCUCAGGUCUCACCAGAGUUACUGUUGGCAUCUGUCCGCAGAGUUUUUAACACUACACUUCAGAAUUGGCAGACUACGCGAUUUAUGGAAGUCGAAGUAGCAAUAAGGCUGCUGUAUAUGUUGGCUGAGGCUCUUCCUGUAUCUCACGGUGCUCACUUCUCUGGUGAUGUUACAAAAGCUACGGCUUUACAAGACAUGAUGAGAACGCUGGUGACUUCUGGUGUUAGUGCCUAUCAACAUACAUCAGUUACCCUGGAAUUCUUUGAAACAGUGGUUAGAUACGAAAAAUUCUUUGCUGUUGAACCUCAGCACAUUCCAACUGUUCUAAUGGCAUUUUUAGAUCACCGUGGUCUUCGCCAUACAAGUCCCAAAGUACGAAGUCGAACAGCUUACCUCUUUUCCAGAUUUGUCAAGUCUCUUAAUAAGCAAAUGAAUCCCUUUAUUGAAGAUGUUCUGAAUAGAAUACAAGACCUGCUGGAACUUUCUCCCCCUGAAAAUGGUUACCAGGCUCUGUUAAGCAGUGAUGAUCAACUUUUCAUUUAUGAAACAGCUGGAGUAUUAAUAGUUAACAGCGAAUACUCUGCAGAAAGAAAACAGGUUCUAAUGAGGAAUUUGUUGACUCCACUGAUGGAGAAGUUCAAAGUAUUGUUAGAAAAACUGAUGAUGGCACAAGAUGAGGACAGACAGAUGGCACUGGCUGACUGCCUCAAUCAUGCUGUUGGGUUUGCUAGCCGAACCAGCAAGGCUUUCAGCAAUAAGCAAACUGUAAAACAAUGUGGCUGCUCAGAGGUUUAUCUGGACUGCUUACAGACGUUUUUGCCAGCUCUCAGCUGUCCAUUACAAAAGGAAGUUCUGAGAAGUGGUGUCCGCACUUUCCUUCACCGCAUGAUUAUUUGCCUAGAGGAAGAAGUUCUUCCGUUCAUUCCUUCUGCCUCUGAACACAUGCUUAAAGAUUGUGAAGCAAAAGAUCUUCAAGAAUUCAUUCCUCUUAUAAACCAAAUAACAGCUAAGUUUAAGACACAGGUUUCACCUUUUCUGCAACAGAUGUUUAUGCCGCUACUUCAUGCUAUUUUUGAGGUGUUGCUCCUUCCAGCAGAAGAAAAUGACCAGUCUGCUGCUUUAGAAAAACAAAUGUUACGGAGGAGUUACUUUGCUUUUCUGCAGACAGUAACUGGCAGUGGAAUGAGUGAAGUCAUAGCUAAUCAAGGUGCAGAGAAUGUGGAGCGUGUGUUGUUCACUGUCAUUCAGGGAGCAGUGGAUUACCCAGAUCCUAUUGCACAGAAGACUUGUUUUAUUAUUCUUUCUAAGUUGGUGGAGCUUUGGGGAGGUAAAGAUGGACCAGUAGGUUUUGCAGACUUUGUCUACAAGCACAUUGUUCCUGCAUGUUUCUUAGCACCUUUGAAGCAAACAUUUGACUUGGCAGAUGCCCAGACAGUACUGGCUUUAUCAGAAUGUGCAGUGACGUUAAAAACAAUUCAUCUCAAAAGGGGUCCUGAGUGCAUUCAGUAUCUUCAGCAAGAGUAUUUGCCUUCUUUGCAAGUAGCUCCUGAGAUAAUUCAGGAAUUCUGUCAAGCACUUCAGCAGCCUGAUGCUAAAGUUUUUAAAAAUUACUUAAAGGUGUUCUUCCAGAGAGCAAAGCCCUAAGGAAAGUACUGGAAUCUCAUGUACCCUGUUUUCCAUAGUCCAGAACUCUGGUUGUUAAUUUAUAAAAACGCUAACUCUUGUGCCAUUCAGACUGGGUUUGUUUUUAAGAAAUGUUGCUUUAUGCUCACAUCAGUACAUAUUUUAGCCUCUAGUAAAAAAAAAGAAAUGCAAAUCCCCCACCUGUGUCUCAAACAUGAAGGUAUGUGACAACAUGAAAAAUAAUCUGUAUACCUACACAAACUUUUAUUAUGUAAAGGAUGAUUUAAGCUUAUGCUGUAAAACGUGCAUCAAUGAAAUGACACUUAUUUUUGAAAUUAAAUGUAAAAAUCCCUUCAGACCAUAGCAAUGGUUAUUAAAAUGUGUACAUUUUUGAUACUGAGUAAAAUGUUUUCAUAAGACAUAAAAUUCAUUUGUUCAUGUAUGGUGACAUGAAAAUAAAACAAUCAAAGGCAUUCUUGUAGAUAGUCAUUUCAUUGAAGUUGUCUUAAUGAUAAAAUUAUAUAUAUAUACCUCCUAUAAAACAGAUUGGUUUAAUAAAUGAUUUCAUUUAAAAGUAGCAUCUCGUUCUAUCUUUUUUAUGAAAAAAAUAAAAUUUUAU